GACACUGAUUGGCAUUUCGACGUUCCCAACGAGCAUUCCAACCAGGUAAACCCGACAUCUCGGCGUUCGCGUUUGUCUCCGCAUCCUUUGUUAGUACCGAAGCAGGAUCUUGUGGAUCCUGAUGUGGUGACGGGCGUGCAGAUGCCAUCUACGCCAGCCAGGAAGUUCAAGCUUGAUCGAUUCCCAUGGUGUAGUGUUGUGCAUGACCAUAUGUUGCAAAAGGAGAACGGAUGCACACUCUACCAUGGUGUUCGCACUUAA